GCCCGGAGGAAUCAGGGCACCCAAGCGCAGGCCGUUGGGUGCCCUGUGCGAUGCCCUGGCAGGAGAACCAGCUGUUCCUUCCAUAGAUUGGCAGCUAAUGAACGGCCCCCUAUCAAUUUCUGUGCCUUCCUCAAACACUAAGCCUCACUGACAGGGAUUUAAAUCUCUCCCAGGGGAAGCCCAGCCUUUAGGAUUUAAGAGAUCUGCUGUGGGGGAAUCCCCCUGAAAGCUUUCCUUCCUGUCCUGUUUCGCCUGGCUCUCCCCGAGCGGAGGUGAGCAGGGGUGUUUGAGACAAGAUGUUUGUGUACCCUGGUGUGACUCUUGUUUUGGCUGCUGGGCCUAGGAAACCGGUCUGUUUGGGAUUGGCGUGCAGGGAUGACUAGUGAUCGGCCACAGCGAAGCUUUGAGCGUCACCUCCGUAGAUUUUGUCCAUUGUGGAGACUGUCAGAUGUUGAGCAGAGUUUGGGGAAAACGGAGCUGUGGGAUAACUUGGUGUGGACAAAUUGGCUUUUAGUCUGAAACUGUAGCUCAGCUGUUUCAAGGGAUUCCUGAACCAGAGGCGCCGUGGGAGAGGUCGGAGGGCCCGUAAUGGGGGGGGGGGGCUCGUCUAGGAGACCCCUGCCAGCGUUGCUGAAGAAACCUUUAAAGGGCUUGGUCCUUCCUUAGCAGGGAGCACAGCCACAAACUUCCCCCUGGGCUUUUCCUUGCAGGCAGAGGGCCCUGGCCAGGGGCUGCCAUUCAGCUUCUGGGGCCUGAAACUUUGCUUGAAUCUGGUGGAUCAACAGAAUCUGCUGGAGGAUGAGGUGUGCCCUGGGGCUGCUCCUGGAGUGGCAGUGGGUUGUUGGCACAUGUUUAUCCAACCUUCCUUGGAGCAGAAGCUUCACACACACACCCACACCAGGCCUCCCUCUCCCUCUGAGGAGGGGUCCCUGCAUCCGUCUCCUAGACCUCCAACCAGAGGCAGAGAAGGGGGAUGGGGUGAGCGAAGGGUCUCCCCAUCUGGUCCCUUGGUGUGGUGGAGCCUUUUCUUCGCCCUGGCGGCCCUGCCUGGCGAUGGGCCUCCCUUCCUCCUCUUAUCCAGCCAGCCCUGGUUUUCUCUCUUGCCAAGAGCCCAGUCGGGCCUUCCUGCCCUCCACCCCGGGCUCCAAAGGGGCGGCUGCUCCUAACUCCGGGUUUUCUAGCAUCAGCAGAUGGCAGAGCAGGGCAGGUGCCCUUGGGGAGGUGGGGGGGGACGUGACUGGCACGCCUGGGCUGGAGAGGAGCAGAGCUGCGGGAAAGGUAGCCCUGCCUUCCCCUCCCUGGCUCGGCCCCAGGGGGGGAGCCGGGUGCUUGUUUUCCUCCGCGUGGCUUCCCUCUGCAGCUGGCGCUGGCUGGGGAGGCUGGGCAGAGGGACUGCGCCCGCCUGCCUCCUUCCCCAGGCGGCACCUGGCUUGCUGGCCUGGCAGGAGGCGAAGGCCCUCGGUCACCACCCUCCUCUUCCUCGCCACCCCUGUGCUCGCCUCCCGCCCCGGUUCCUGUCCUGUAGGGAGCCUCCUUGUCAGGUUAGUGAUGUGAUCCGGUAGGUUCCCCUCUCCAGUGUGGAGGGAGAGAAACGGCACCCUCCCUGGCCACUGCUGCCCUUGCUUCUCCCCUCCUGGCAGGAAAGGAGACCAGUUCUGCCACCUGGCUGCACAGAGGCUCAGGCAGGCGGGCGCCUCUCAAGAGCGGAAGAGGGUCCUGCAUUCCUCAAGAGAUUGGCCUGGAAUAAGAGCCUUCCGAGCCCCUCGCCAUGGGGGACAUGAAGACCCCGGAUUUCGACGAUCUCUUGGCAGCCUUCGACAUCCCCGACAUUGACACCAGCGAGGCCAUCCAUUCGGGCCACGAGGAGGCUGAGGCUCCCGUCCGUCCCGUCCCUGUGGAGGCGGCCGCCCCCGAGCACGUCCUGCCGCACGCGGACAUCACCACCGUCAGCGUCAUUGUGAAGAACACCGUCUGCCCUGAGCAGCUGGAGGCGGCGGACGGGCGGCUGAAGGACAGCGGGGGCCACCCGGGGGGCUCCCGCUUGCUGCAAAACGGCUUUGCGGCUCCCGAGGUGCCUCGCGCCUCCCCGGUCUCCUCGGCGGAAGCUGUGGCCCCCACCAACGGCGAGUGUUGGGCCCUGAAGGAGAAGGCCCCCAAGAGCCUGGAUCUCUUCUCCCCCUUCAGCCCCGAGGCGGACAAGGACGGGGAGGCAGACCUGAUUGACCAGCCACGGGGAUGCAAGGCGAAGGAGCAGGGCCCCCACAUCCCCCCAGUGCCCCUCUUGUCCGCCGCCCCCUCCCUGGACGGCCCCGAACCCAUCGAAGAGAGCUUGGGACCCUCACCCCCUCAGGCCUUCCCUCCAGCCUUUGAAACUGGUCCUCCUGGUGGGAUGGGCCUCUCGCUGACUCCUCCUCCUCCUCCUCCUCCGGCUGCUCCUCCUCUUCCGGCUCCUCCUGUGAUCAAGCAGGAGGUGGACUGUGAGAUGGCUUGUCAGGGCUCCAGCCCGUUGGGGCCGCCCAAGUCCGCUUCUUCCUGCUACUCCGCAGAGACGUCCCCGCGGGUCCCCUGGCCUGGCUCCGAGGCGGACCUGGAGGGAGACCUGCCCGACAUCAAGCACCCCCUCUCCAGCCCUCGGGAGCAGCUCUUCCAGGGCUCCCCACAAAAGGGAGCCAGUCCUGGGCCCCGGGCCUCCCCAAAGCCCCCCGGCAAUGGGUCCCUGAAAGAAGAGCCGGUGGAAAAGCCACUGCAGUGCCCCCCAGUCCCUUCCAGUGGGGAGGAGGAGGAGGAGGAGGAGGAUGGGGGGGACCAGAGCCCUGGUUCACCCUCGUCCGGUUCCUCGCGGCCCCUCAAGGUGAGGAUCAAGACCAUCAAGACGUCCUCGGGAAGCAUCACCCGGACGGUGACGAGGGUCUCAUCGGACUCCAAUCCAGGAGCUGCCAAGUUGUCCUCAGAUCAGGGGGGCCCGGAGACCCCUGCGGCCGGGGAUACCUUUCUCCCUGCCGUCAUCGCCCAGAAGGAAGAGGCCGCUCCGGAGAGCCCCAGCCGGAAGGCCCUGGCAGCCAGCCCGGGAAAGGCUGCGGAAGCCCCCAAGGUGGUCAGCGUCCAGCUGGGCGACGGCACCAAGCUGAAGGGCACGGUGCUGCCCGUCUCCACCAUCCAGAAUGCCAGCAGCGCCAUGCUGAUGGCGGCCAGCGUGGCCCAGCAGAAGGCCGUGGUGCUGCCCAGCAAGGCCUUGGCCAAGAGCAUCCUCAGCCUGGUGCCCCAGGCCCUCCCCAAGGCCCCCGAGGUCAGGAGCGGGGGCCCCGCCCCGCCCGCCAGCCAGAAGGUCAACGGAACCACGGUGGUGGUGAUGCAGCCGCAGAAGUCCUCGCCCCCCGUGGCCGGCACGGUCAUCUCCCGCAGCCAGUCCAGCCUGGUGGAGGCCUUCAACAAGAUCCUGAACAGCAAGAAUUUGCUUCCCCCCUACAAGCCCAACCUGCUGCCCCCCGCCGAGUCCAGCCUGGCCCUCCCGCCCCUGGGCUACCGCUGCCUGGAAUGCGGCGACGCCUUUGCCCUGGAGAAGAGCCUGGCCCGGCACUACGACCGUCGCAGCCUGCGGGUGGAGGUGACCUGCAACCACUGCGCCAAGCGGCUGGUCUUCUUCAACAAGUGCAGCCUGCUGCUCCACGCCCGCGAGCACAAGGACAAGGGGCUGGUCAUGCAGUGCUCCCACCUGGUCAUGCGGCCCAUCGCCCUCGACCAGAUGAUCGGCCAGCCGGACGUGGCCCCGCUCGUCUCCCCAGCCCCCCUCAGCCAGGCCAGCAAGGCUCCCUCCCCAGCCGGCCUCACAACGGAUGUCGGGGUGGCCAACGGAGGCACCGGCCAAGACCUGCCCGUCCUGCCCCUGGGCGGCGGCGGCGGCACCGAGCAGCUGGCGGCCAUCAACUCCUGCCAGUGCCUGGAGUGCAAGGAGCAGUGCAAGGACAAGGCUGGGCUGGCCGCCCACUUCCAGCAGGCCGGAAGCAACGCCUCCACGGUGUGCAACAGCUGCCCGAUGAUCAUGGCCAACCGUUGCAGCUUCAGCGCCCACCAGCGCAUGCACAAGAACCGGCCGCCCCACGUCUGCCCCGAGUGCGGGGGGAACUUCCUGCUGGCCAACUUCGAUGCCCACCUGAAGGACGCCUGCCUCCAUUUCUCCCGGAGGAUCGGCUACAGGUGUCCCAGCUGCUCGGUUGUCUUUGGCGGCGUCAACUCCAUCAAGUCCCACAUUCAGACGUCGCACUGCGAGGUCUUCCACAAGUGCCCCGUCUGCCCCAUGGCCUUCAAGUCGGCCCCCAGCGCCCACGGCCACAUCUACACCCAGCACCCGGGCUUCAGCAACCAGCAGUCCAAAAUGAUCUACAAGUGCGCCAUGUGCGACACGGUCUUCACCCACAAGCCGCUGCUCUCCUCCCACUUCGACCAGCACCUGGUCAACCAGAGGGUCAGCGUCUUCAAGUGCCCCGACUGCCCUCUGCUCUUCGCCCAGAAGCGGACCAUGCUGGAGCACCUGAAGAACAGCCACCAGCAGCAGCAGCAGCAGCAGCAGAAGCCCAAGGAGGAAGCGGUCCAGAAGCCGGCCCCCGCCACCCCCGCUGCCCCCAAGCAGAGUCCGGCUGAGGAGGAGCCCCCGCCGCCCCUCCCGAAGCCUUCCUCCUCCUCCUCUUCCUCCUCCUCCUCCUCGGAAGACGACCCCCCCAGCUCCCCCGAGCUGCGCAAGAGCAAAAGGGGCCGCUUCCAGCGCAAGGCGGAGAUGGGCAGGCGGUCGCGGAGCAACGGAUGGACGUGCGGCAUCUGCCAUUCCUGGUUCCCCGAGAGGGACGAGUACGUGGUGCACAUGAAGAAGGUCCAUGGGAAGUGUGUGAAGAAGUUCCCCUGCCAUCUGUGCGAGCGCUCCUUCUGCUCCGCUCCCAGCCUGCGCAGGCACAUCCGGGUGAACCACGAGGGCAUCAAGAGGGUCUACCCCUGCAGGUACUGCACGGAGGGCAAACGGACUUUCAGCAGCCGGCUCAUCCUGGAGAAACACAUCCAGGUGCGGCAUGGGAUCAAGGUGACCGACGCCAACCGGAGCCAGGAGGUGCUCGCCACCCGCUUGGGCUCCAGGAACUCCCAGGGGUCCAGCCGGAAACGCAAGCUCUCCUCGGACGACGGUGACUCGUGCAGUGAAGAGCCGGACAGCACCACCCCGCCCUCCAAGACCCCCAAGGGCAGCCGGCGCUCCCCCUACCACUGCCGGAAGUGCGGCUACGUGGCCCCCACGGCGGCCGACUUCCAGGAGCACAUCCCCCGCCACCGGACAGGCGAGAGUGCCCACCAGUGCCACGAGUGCGGACUCUGCUUCACCUCUCAGGUGUCCCUCAACCGCCACCGCUUCAUCACCCACAAGAAGAAGCGGGGCGAGGGGGAGGCCGGCGUCCCCCGGGGGGCCCCCGAGGAAGGCUCCCCCUCGGCCAACGAGGGCAGCCUCUCCUGCACCGUCUGCGGCAAAGCCUUCGACACCCAGCUCAACCUGAAGACUCACUUCCGCACCCAUGGCAUGGCCUUCAUCAAGGCCCGACAGACAGGGGGGGCCGAGAACUAGCCGGGCCUUGGAGCCACGUCAGAGAGGGGGGAUGUGCCCCCCCGUGGCUCCUUCCGUGGCUCGAGUGAUGGAGACGCCUUAUGUAUCGUCCCAGCAGCUGCGGUCCUGCGGCCGCCUCUCUGGAGUCCCGGUCUCCCUUGGCUGGCAGCUGUGGGCCCGACUUGGGCUGCCCCUCGCGCACUCCUUUCUCACGCCCCUCGUGGUCCAAGGGUGCUGGGCUUCAGUGGCAGGGAGGCUCUGAGCGUUAAAUCCAUUCUCGCUCCGGAAGGUUCCCCUAAAGUAGGUCAGGAGGGGUGUCUGGACUUCAGCCCUCGCCAUCCUGUCCUGCCUGAACGACGACAUGGGUGUCGAAGUAUGAUGCAUGAAGAGGACACGUGUGUUUGCGGGCGACUUCCCCGUCAAAAGGCAGGUUCUUUGGCCGUCACCACUCCAGUUUUCCUUUCCUGUCUGAGGUUCCCAGAGAGAGAAAUUGGGGGCUUUUUUGUGGGGGGGGGGUUGAGGAAGACAGCUUGGCGUCUCCUGUGCAAAUGAUGGCUAGCUUAAAACCAAGACAAACCAGGUUUUUUUCUCUUUCCAAACCAUUCCAGGCCUCAGAGUUUGGAGGUCUGCGCUUCCUCCCCCCCCCCCCCCCGGUUUCUUGCUCUUGGCAUGGUGCCCUCCCAGCAUUGGGGGGGUGGGUCUUCGCCUCGCGGUCCCCUCUGUUCCUUCUUUGGAGCUCAAAAUACCUCAAGAGCCAGCUGGUGCUUAGGAAAAUAACAGAUUAGCAACGAACGCAUUGCUUGUAAAAUCCAAAUUUUGCGGGGUCUGAGCGACGCGUCUACACCUGGUCAGACGGGGGCAGGAGACAGAAAUUGGUUCCCGUGAAUGAGGAGGGCGGGGUCUUUCCCAAUGGGCAGGGCCUCUUCACAGGUAGCCCAGCUGCUCCUCAAUUCAGUCCUUGGGCUCCCCAUUGGGGUGUCCCCAUCAUGUUAUUUGUCUGCCCCCCAGAUUUCUAGUCUGUUCCCUCCGUCCCUUCACUCUUCCCACCAAAACUCCCAAGUUUCCAGUCGCAUCCUGACACCCCCCCCCCCUCCGAGCAUUCCUCUUCCAGCUCAGCCAAAAUCCGGAGCCAUGUUCCCAUCCGGUAUUUGCCAGAUCCGCCCUUUGGAAAAUGCUGGAAUUCCAGCACAGCCAUCUCUUUAUCCGAACACUUGAGACGACGGCUGCGGGUUCAAGACAAGGCGCAUUUCCAUGCUUUAGGCCUUCACAUUCUCUGGAAUCAUAAAAAUGACUUUUGGGGGUUGGGAUUUUUUAUUUUUUUUUAUUUUUGGUCUUAAAAGGCGUUUCCUUUUGGGGGAUGGGAUCUCUCUUGAUUUGUGUUCCUUUUAGUUCCUGGGUUUGGUUUGGUUUAUUUUUAUUAUUAUUAUUAUUAUUAUUGAGUUGUCACUAACGCAGACUAACGAAGCGCGUGUCUUUUGAACCAAUCAUGUAACAUAAAAGAAAAGAAAAACAUACGAAUGAAAGCAAACAGGUUGAGUGAUUGAUGCUAAGUGAUUAUUUCCCAAAAGAGCAGAAAGACCCUUUUGCUCCUUGGUUUUAUAAAAGAAAAGAGAUGGGUUAAAAUUAGGUUUUUAUUAUCGUUUGCUUCGGUCCAUGUUAAAUCAGUGCUCCCGGAUUAGGGAAUUGUGCAAAAGAAAUUUUCUUGGCUUCUGGGCGGGGAGCCGCUGGUCAGCUCUGGCAGGCCAGAGGCUGGUGGUCUUUAGGCCUCCCUGGGGUGAGUUUCCCUGUCCCCACCGCCCCCCCCCCCCGAGCCCGGGGAAGGGGGCCUCUCAGAAACUCUUUAAUCUCCUGCAGACUUUCCUCCAUAUGGUGGCUUCCCUUGCCCCCCCCCCCUCCCCGGGGCCAAACACCGAGAGGCGUCUCCCUCUGAGCCGGUUGCGGUUCCUUUGCAGUGGCAGAGCUCCAGGUUUGGGCCAGUAAAUUCCACGCGUGCCUCGGGCUAACCCAGUCUGCUUCCUUAAUCAUGGUCUGUCGGGGAAACAACCAUCCCUCCUCCCGUGUACCCUGGAAUCCUCUCGCAGGAAACGCAAGGUGGUUUUUUGUUUUGUUUUUUAAAGAAAAGGGAAAAAAAAACAUGCGGCAACAAAUAAAACUCCAUUUUCAGAAA